AACAGAGUCUUCGAUUCUCGUGUGUUCUUGCAAAAGGUCGAGUAGACCGCUAGUAACUGUGUGGGGUUCCUAUGGCUGCCAUAUUUGUUACUAGACCAUACGAUCUUGAUUAAAUCAUUUCAUGAUCUAUUUUUAAUGCAUGUAAAUAAUUGUUUUGUUGAAAUAUUGUUAAUAUUCCCAUGAUUUACAAACGAUAUAAUAUGGAAUUUUGGAAAACUAUUUACUUUUCUUCGAGAGAAACUCAAGUACUUUCUGUCUCUAAAAGCCACAUGUGAGGCCCCAUAAUUCAACCCCCUUAGCAAGGAGAGUGGGGGUUGGGUCAGUUUGAGCUAUCACGAGGAUGUCAGACCACCCCUAUCACUAAGUUCAAGGCCACUAUUGAUCCCUACUCCUUCCAGUGGGAUAAACCCCACGUCUUGGGAAAUCUGGAUGGGGACACGACUAGUUUGGACACAAUUCUGAACGUCUCCUAAAUUUUAAGAUGUUGGAACUAGUAUUCUAAGUCCCGAGUGAACUAUAAACCACAAAAUUGGAUUAAUAUAAAAUUGGUGCGUUUAUUUCGGUUGAAAAUCUCCACAUUUGUGGAGCAGGGGGUUCAGCCAAAGAGGAUAGGCCCAACGUACCCACCACCUGGAAUACACGAGCCCCAGAUUGGAAGGUAAUGAAAGUUCGUUUAAGAAUCCCUAGCAGCGCUGCAGACAGCCCACGUGGACACAGCUGUUAACGACAACUUUCCUCCCAGAAUUCACUUUCUGCUCCUCAAUCUCCUCAACCCUUUGGUGACAUAAAAUAUAUGAAAAAGAAGUGACAAAAAUAACCAUCAAAAUCCACAGUUUCACAUAAAAAAAAAAUAAUGGAAAGUGUGGCAGACCUUCAAGCUCGGAUAAAAGAGCUCGAGCUGGAGCUCUCUCAAGAAAAACUCAAAAAUGCUGCUCCAGUACGUGAAAAGAUCCAGGAGCUCUCCAGCGAGGUAGUGGAGACGAACCCCUACAGUCGCCUAAUGGCCUUAAAACGAAUGGGAAUCGUCGAUAACUACGAAAAAAUUCGGGAUCUCACAGUGGCAAUUGUCGGUGUUGGUGGGGUUGGCAGUGUGACAGCCGAGAUGUUGACUCGUUGUGGAAUCGGAAAGCUCAUUCUCUUCGACUACGACAAGGUCGAGCUUGCAAACAUGAACAGACUUUUCUUUCAACCCCAUCAGGUUGGCCUCAGCAAAGUUGCAGCAGCAGCCAAAACACUGGUAUCAAUAAAUCCAGACGUACAAAUUGACACUCACAAUUACAACAUCACAACUGUCGAGCACUUCGAUGAGUUCAUGAACACCAUCAACACAUCAAGCUUGACAGGAACAGCAGUGGAUCUCGUGCUGAGUUGUGUGGACAACUUCGAGGCCAGAAUGGCGAUAAACACAGCGUGCAAUGAGCUGAAUCUCAAGUGGUUUGAGAGUGGAGUAUCAGAGAAUGCAGUGUCAGGACACAUUCAAUUUAUUGUACCUGGUGAAACAGCUUGUUUUGCAUGUGCCCCGCCCCUCGUUGUUGCCUCAAACAUCGACGAGAAGACGUUGAAAAGAGAAGGAGUCUGUGCUGCUUCAUUGCCAACGACGAUGGGAAUCAUCGCAGGUUUUCUAGCCCAAAAUGCUCUGAAGUAUCUCCUGAAUUUUGGAGACACUUCGUAUUACCUUGGGUACAACGCCAUGUUGGAUUUCUUCCCCUCGAUGGUUCUGAAACCCAAUCCAAAUUGCGAGGAGAGCUUCUGUCGUCAAAGGCAGAAGGAAUUUACCUUCAUUUCAAAGCCAGUUGUGGUCAAGGAAGUGGAUGAGGCGCCUGUUCACGAGGACAAUGAGUGGGGAAUUGCUCUUGUUGAUGAGGCUGAGGGCGAUGAGGAGGAGGUUCAAUCGAAUUUGUGCUCUGGUGUUAAACAGGCUUAUACGGUGCCUAGUGGGGUAGAGAAGGAAGAAGAAGGAGUUGUUGUUGAUGGUAAUGGACCUAGUUUGGAACAGCUGAUGACAGAAUUGAAGAAUGUGAAUUUUAAUUGAAGAAAUUGACGUUUUUGGGAGACGUAGAUGCAUUUACGGUUUCGCGUAUGUGGAUUGGAGGCUACUUUUUUGUAUAUGAAGAAAUAAAUUAGCAUUUUUAUGAA